AUUUUGGUUUAAGCUUUGCAAAGAAAGGAGAAUUGUUACCCUAUAUUAUUAAGCUGGGCUCGUUUGACCUGACAUGUACAAGAUUUUAUUCUGCUGAAGUUGUGUCAGCUUUGGAACAUCUUCAUGGAUUAGGAAUCAUUCACAGGGACUUGAAACCAGAAAAUAUUCUCAUGGACGCAGACAUGCACAUAAAGAUCACUGACUUUGGUACAGCUAAGAUUCUAAGUGAUGGUGAAGUUAACGAAAAAGGGAGAAAUUCAUUUGUUGGAACAGCAGAAUAUGUUUCACCUGAGCUUUUAACAGACAAAAGAGCAGUUAAAAGCUCUGACCUCUGGGCUUUAGGUUGUAUUAUUUAUCAACUUCUAUCUGGACUGCCGCCAUUCAGAGCUGGAAAUGAGUAUCAGAUUUUCAAAAAGAUUAUUGCCCUUGACUAUGAAUUUCCAAGUGGUUUUCCUGAAGUUCCAAAAAGUCUUGUCCAGAGUUUAUUGAUAUUAGAUCCAAAAUUGAGGCUUGGCUGUGAUGAGCAAGGAGGAUUUCCUUCGUUGAAAAGUCACGAAUUUUAUGAAGGAAUCGAUUGGGAGAAUUUGCCAAAUGAGACACCCCCUGAUUUACUACCAUAUCUGCCGUCAACAAGCACGAACGAAGAAGGCCUUCGGAGCAAGUUCAAGUUGAGCAUUCACGAUAGCGACAGUGACGAGUUUGAUGACCAGCUGUUGGCAAGAUUUGGCCUGUCCGAUGAAACUCCACGGUCAAGUGGCCCUACGAACAUUCUCAAUCUUACGGAGAGCGAGAGAGAGGAAAGAUUAGCGAAGCAGGAGAAAGAAUCACCUUGGCACCAAUUUGUCGGAAAUAAUCUCAUUAUCAAGACCGGUGUGGUGGACAAAAGAAAGGGUCUCUUUCCUCGCAAAAGAACACUGAUUCUUACAGAGGGUCCGCGGCUAUAUUACGUUGAUGCACAGGCAAUGGUUCUGAAGGGAGAGAUUCCAUGGACAAAAGAUCUCAGACCAGAAGCUAAGAACUUCAACGUUUUCUUCGUUCAUACGCCUAAACGUAUUUAUUACUUGGAGGAUCACACGGGAUACGCCAUGGAUUGGGUCAAAAAGAUCGAAGAAGUCCAUCGCGUUUACUUCGGAGAUACAACACAACUCUAAGUUUGUACUUCAUGAAAGACGAACAAUCUAAACUUCUUUUCAGAGUCGUUUUCCAGAGACUGUCGAAUCAUAUCAGAAACUAUCUUUAUAUAAGUUGUUUGAGUUAAUUAGAAUGCGAGAUUUUUUUCUUUCUUUCCAUCAAUAUAAUAUUUCUCGCGUGACUCAAAUUUUUUGCGCUCUUGGCAUCACGCGGUUACUCUUUUUUUCCCGUCAUCCUUGCCUCUCGAUUUCUGACUCGUUUUGUGUCUUCUUUCGUGUUGACUCGGUACCAGGCUCCUCCGAGCUUGAGAAAUCUUCAAUGAACUUAGUUUUUAUAGUUUUUGAGAUUGCUGCCAGAAAACUUCUAUUCAAACUCUCACGGACAUUCAUCACAGGUCGAUCUAGAAAGACUUGUUGAUAUCGUAAGAAUGUCUUAUGGUCUUAUUAUCGACUAAUCUCCAAACGCUUGUAAAAUAAUAUUAACAAUAUUAACGGCCGGAUUGUGCCUUCACCAGAAAAGUGGUUCAAAUUAAUGAUGUUAUCAUUUCACUGAAGUUUAUGUCGUUCUCCUGUUGAAAUAGUGUCCUCUACAGCCCUUAUUUGAAUAGUCACGCUUAGCAACUGUAAACGCAUGCAGCACUUUUUACGUGACAAUCAUCACGUGACGCUGAUUACGUGACUAUCUGAACAACGGCUGUGCUGGAAUCUAAUAACUAGAGUAAACACUUAUCUGACUAUGAUAGAGAUUAGGUUAAGGAAUCUUCUUUUGAUUUUGAUCCAUGUGUUCUCUACAAAGUCUACAUACAUAAAUAAACGCUACUAUAGUGACUAUAGAAGAUUGUAAAACGACAAAAAAAAAUGAAUUAAGUCUUGAUUAAGUAAUAAACGAUUAAAAGCUAUGAAACUUAUGUU